GUUAGCGGCACUGCGCUAAGCUAAAACCCACCAUGGGAGCUCUCUCUCUCCUUGAAUGUGUUCAUUGCGCUUUUAUCAGCACACAGGUCUGUCGUUUUCUAGUUAAAGGCUUUCACAGAUGCCUGUAGAGAUAAAUCAUCUAAGUGGACUUUGGAGUUGUUGAACGUUAACUUAGCGUGUUAGCUGCACGGUCGCUAACCAGAGAGCUAAUGGGUGAACCGUGCUGAGAGAUUCGAUGAAGCGGUGAUUAAACGUGGAAACGUUGAGGAGUUAUUUCAACUGCUUGACGGAACGACAGCGGAAAGCAAACAGGAAACGCGUCUGAUUUGCACAAAACUAAGCAGACAUGCAGCAGGUGUUGGUGGGGAGUCAAGACGAGGUUCCCUCUGAGCAGCAGGACUGCAGCUCCAGUUUGAAGCAGGAGGAGCCAGCAGAGCCCUCCAACGUUAAAGAGGAAGAGGAGGAUGGGUGGGGCGGUCAGGAUAGGGAGCACCUUCGAGGUCUGGAGGCGGCUGAUGUCAUCACGUUCACAUGGACUGGUGUGCACGUGAAGAGUGACGAGGAUGAAGGUCUCUCCUCUCAGCUUCAACACAGUCAAAGUGAGGAGAACAACGGGAGCACCACAAGUCAACACAUCCCAGCAGAACGUGAUGGAGAAUCUCUGAAGACUAAUAAAAACUCUAAAGGUGAAAAACCCAGUGACAGCAAACACUUGCACUGCUCUCAAUGUGGCCGAACGUUUACCUACAAAAGUGCUUUGAAAACACACAUGAUAACGCACAGCGGGAGAGAAACCUUUUGCUUGCUCAGUUUGCGGUAAAAGAUUCUCCUUCAAGCAGAACAUGAGCAGACACGUGUCAAUUCAUACAGGGGAGAAACCUUUUUCUUGUUCGGUUUGUGAAAAAAGAUUCUUUAACAAGUUUGAACUGAGAAGACACUUGAGCACACACAGUGCUGAGAAACAUUUGACAUGUUCGCUCUGUCCUCAAACAUUUCCGUGUCGAUCACAUCUCAGAAUACACAUGAGAACGCACACUGGGAAGACACCUUUGGCCUCUGGCAGCUCAAGUCAAAACCUGACAACAGAAGCCAAUAAAGAUCACUGUGAAGAUCUACGCUCAAAACCAGACAACAACACGUCACACCCUUCCGACACUCAUCACAGUGAGUACACCAAAGACUCUUCAGCGACUAAAAAGAAGCCUAAAGGAGACAUGACGCAUGACGACGAUUACGAUCACUUUUACUGCUCCGUAUGUGGGAAAGAAUUUGCCUAUAAAAGUCUUUUGAAAACGCACAUGAUAACCCACAGCGGAGAGAAACCUUUCACCUGCUCAGUUUGCGACAAAAGAUUCUCCGCCAAGCGCAGUAUGACGAGACACAUGGCGAUGCACACAGACGAAAAACGCUUUUCCUGUUCCGUUUGUCAUACAAGUUUCCCCGAUAAGUUAGAAAUGAAAAAACACACGAGCGCACACACCGCCGAGAAACGUUUUCUAUGUUCGGUUUGCGCUAAGAGCUUCUCUCAUAGGUCCUAUCUCAGGCAACACAUGAAAAGACACACCGCGGAGAAACCAUUUACAUGUUCUGUUUGCGGUCGAGGUUUCUCUCAUCGGUCGUAUCUCAAAAUACACAUGGUGACACACACCGGGGAGAAAGCUUUUACUUGUUCAGUUUGUUCAAAAAGUUUCUCCCAUAGAUCGUACUUGGGAGUUCACAUGAGAACGCACACUGGGGAGAAACCUUUUCCAUGUCCGGUUUGCGCUAAAAGUUUCUCACAAAGCUCGUGUCUCAGACAACACAUGGUAACGCACACUGGGGAGAAACCUUUUAAUUGUAAACUCUGUGCGAAAUGUUACUCUCAUAGGUCACAUCUCAAACAACACAUGAUAACGCACAGCGGGGAGAAACCUUUUACUUGUCCGGUUUGUGCAAAAAGUUUGUCUAGUAGCGCUUAUCUCAGAAAACACUUGCAAAAGCACACUGCGAAGGAUCCUUUGUCCUCGCGCAGUUUCACAACAGAAGCUGAUGGAGGACAAGCUGACGACAACUUGGCUCCACAAUCGGAUUUGGACGACAUGAUGUCAGACUCUUCUGACGUCGAUCACGUUGACAACACCAAAGAACCUUUAGCGACUAAUAAGAGCUCUCCACUUUAAAUGUUGUUAAUGUUGGGAAACGUUUGUCAGAAAAGGACAUUUGAAAGUACAGUCAACCUGCGUUUAUCGCGGGGGUUUAUAUUCCAUACUAACUCACAAUAGGUGGAAGUCCAUGAUAUGGAGACACCAUUUAAAAAACAUUUCACAUUUAAACAAUUCCAUGAAUUUGUUCCAGCACCUUCCAAAACUACUAUUAUUUUGUUACAAAUUCAAAAAGCACUGUAAUGUAUGACAAAAAAACAAAAGAGAAUGUUAAGAAAUAAGCUACUUUUCAGACGUGUCAUUAACAUAAGUAAGUAAUGUAGUAUCCGUGCGCGAGAUGUGGGCCUUUUAGGGGUGUGGCCUAUUGAGUGACAUCAGGAGCCGGAGUCGGGUUGGCUGCUUAUAGUUCAGUGUGAGCCUCUCGGUGUGAGUUGUGGCCUACAGAAGCUCCUGGCGAGUAAGCUUGUUUUGUAUUUAUGUGGGAAAAUAAUUAAUAAUAAUAAUAAUAAUUUGAUUUGGGGCGCUGGUACAUCAUGGUAUCACUUAAGCGGAGCAACUGGUUGUGUUGAGUGUUUGUUUGGGUAAUGAAUCUUACAAGUCAUCAAUAUUCACUGCCUUUACACAUAAGAUGAUCCACUGAAAAACGAACAUGAACUGCUGAUUGUGUUGUGGCGAUGACAACUGCAGUAAAUGAAGCUGCGGGACUUUGAAACAACUGAGAAACUGUGACGAAAAUGCUCAAUAUGGAGCGUAUAUCGUUUGUGCUAAUGCGCUUUAAUGUCCUCUAAGACGUUAAAGUGAAUAAGUAACUGAAGCUUCUUUCUAAUAAAUAGAUUUUUUUUUCAUGAAAACUGGAGAAGUGUAACUAUU